UGGCAGUGUAUAGCCGGUAGUGGUAUCCUCUGCUGCAUGGACGUAGUGAGCGUAGCAUAGUCUUCCAGCGAGGGUAGGAAGCGCUUAAAGGGACGAAAAUGUCGGGCAAGAGUUUUCGAGUCAGCGACGGGGACUGGAUAUGUCCGGAUAAAAAGUGUGGAAAUGUGAACUUUGCAAGAAGAACAAGUUGCAACAGAUGUGGCAGAGAGAAAACCACAGAGGCAAAGAUGAUGAAGGCGGGAGGGACGGAGAUUGGAAAAACACUGGCUGAAAAGAGUCGAGGCCUCUUCAGUGCAAAUGACUGGCAAUGCAAAACAUGUGGCAAUGUAAAUUGGGCGAGACGGUCAGAGUGCAACAUGUGUAACACCCCCAAAUAUGCCAAGCUUGAAGAAAGAACAGGUUAUGGUGGAGGAUUCAAUGAAAGGGAGAAUGUGGAAUAUAUUGAACGGGAAGAAUCUGAUGGAGAAUAUGAUGAAUUUGGUAGGAAAAAGAAAAAAUUCCGCGGGAAGAGCAACAGCACAUCUUCCUCAAAAGAAAGUGAAAAGAAAGAAGUAGCAAAAGAGGAAGAGGAGGAAGAGGAGGAGGAUGAAGAUGAUGGUGACCUGUCCAAAUACAAAUUGGAUGAUGAGGAUGAGGAUGAUGAUGAUGAUGAUGAUGAUGAAGACGAAGACGAGGAUGGUGACCUGUCAAAGUACGACCUGAAUGCCAGCGACGACGAUGACGAUAAGCCAGCUAAGAAAAAGGGCAGCCGCUCCGGUUCUUCUCGCUCCCGUUCCCGCUCAUCCUCGCGCUCUUCCAGCUCCAGUUCACGGUCUAGGUCCAGGUCCCGCUCUAGAAGCUCAUCCAGUUCCAGAUCUGGAUCUCGCUCGAGGUCCCGCUCCAGAUCCAGCUCCAGGUCUGGAAAGGGCUCCUCUCCCCGGAAGAGGUCCCACUCCCCCUCCUCCUCACCUGAGAGGAGACAGAAGCGCAGUCGCUCCAGGUCAUCAUCUGGAGGGAGAAAACGGAGACGUUCUAGAUCACGUUCGUCCGAAAGGCGGCGUGGCCACUCUUCAGGAUCAUCCCAUUCUGGCUCCAGUUCAAAAAAGAAAUAACUUUCUUACUGUCUUUAAUACAAGAAAAGGAAUCCUAGUGGAAGUGCAUGUUGUGUUGCCAAAAAAAAAAAAAAAACAACAUCCCUUCAGUAUAUCUUCAUCAAAUCUCCAAAGUCUUAAUCGCUCCCAGAAAAGGAGAAGCAGCAGCUCCCUUUUAAAAACCACCUACAUCCCAGUCUGUGACAAGUGUUUGUAUAGGUUUCCAAUAAACAUAAAUGUUUGGUCCUAUAUGAAAAUCAGAUCUAGUGUUCAAGAGGCUGUAUUCCAUUUUAAACCCACUCAACUUAAUAUCUUCAUGCAUUACAUUUAGUUUAUGAAUGAACUGGAGCAAAACCUGUCUUUUUUUUUUUUUUUUUUUUUUUCUGGGCCGUAGGAGACACCAGUGAUUUUUCUAAUAAGUACAUUGUUUAUUUUUUAAGUCAGAGUGAAGUGCUUAAGAGCCAAUUUAGAUGUAAUGUAGCAAUGAAUUUUGGCCUGUUUUAUUUUCCUGAUAAAUGUGCUGUAUUUUGUGUUUUCAAGGUAAGUAUUUUACUUUUUGAUAAUGCUUGUUUUAAGUACAUUCUUGGUUGCUUGGUUUAGGUUUGUUUUUUUGUUUUUUUUUUUAUAAUAAAUUGUGGCAUAUUUUUACUUUAUGCUACAGAUUCUCUUCAUUUGUCAUGAAACAAAUUACUUCAAAAGUAGGUUUUUUUGUUUUUGUUUUUGUUUUUUUGCUCCAGAUUAGUGCAGGAAGGGUAACAUUUCUGGUAACGUGUGGCAGUAUCGUCUUUAUGGGGAAAAAAAACUCCUAAAAUGUACUUGUGUAAAUAAAAUCCUGGCAACAUUG